CACCUCACGACCUUGGCACCACUGCAAUGGAGGCUUCAAGCCACAGGAAUAUCGGGCUUGAUUCUGCGCCGCCUACCUAGCUACCUGCUGGCGUCCUGUAGCUUCUGCAAUGCGAACCCGAAGAUAGCAGCAGAUGCACUCUGUUGCAAACACCUCUUGUCUGUUCCUCGUAUGGAUUCUUACGGAUGGCACCCAACGCAAAUCAUCAAACGACAUCCUUUAUCCAUAGCGCGGGCAAGCCCUCAGAGUGGAGGAAGAAGGACCAAGUGCGCCGUCAACAUCAGCAUGCCGCGAGUGUAGCACAUCAACGGGGACAGAGGAAGAGACUGCCACGCUCGCAAGCUCUUCCUGUCCCUGCCAACAACUCUACCCUUCCAUCACCUCCAGCGCUUCGAUCAGAUCCUAGCGGCAGCCGAUUCGACCCCUUUGAUGUCUUCUUUGUGACCAAUCUCUCUGCGCAUGCGCAGACGAUGUUUCAAUCCGCCAUCAUCGAUCAAUGGCCGUCCUUCGCAUUGUCCAGCCGGAAACAAGACAUCGACAGAUGGCGAUCCGUCACGGUGAAAUAUGCCCUUGAAUCGCCCUAUCUGGUGCCGGCAAUCACCUACGCGGGGUCUUCUUAUCGCUAUUUCUUCGGCUCGCGGGACUCGUCUGCAAAAUUCCAUCGCAUCAAUUUCUAUCAUGAGACAUUAAGACAACUUCGAGAGGCGAUGCUCCAGCCUGACAGUCAAUGUAGCGAUGCGAUGCUUCUGGCUAUCGCCAUACUAACCAUCCACGGCCCUCCCAACGACAUGCAAGGCCGGACCCUGGUAGGCUCGCAGCAGAUGAGAGAUUACGAGUAUUACGGAAGCAAAACAUGGGAACCGACUCAUUUUCAGGCGUUAUUGUCCUUGGUGAAACAAAGGGGUGGAUUGCACAAACUCGGCAUCGACUCUCUAGCCGGCAUCGUCAUGACGAUUGAUAUUGUUGAUUCGAUUUCCGUUCUGAGGGCCCCUGCUUUUCCUCUUUUCUUCCCUCCGAGUCCCGUGCUCCAGGCUCUCCGCCAGUGCCGCAAGCCGGACAAGAGCAACUCCUGCCAGGGCUUUCGCUUCUUGCGGAACAGGCACCUUGGUCGACGGCUUCUGACGAUAAUUGAGGACGUUGAUGCCCUACUCGACGCGUACGACACUGUUCUGAAAAAUCCUGGUUCUAGUAUAGAUUUUGGGCAAUUAGUCGCGGCGUGGCGCAUUUUGCAGCACCAAACACUGUCGCUGCCAAGUGGCGAGGAUCUCCUGUUCAACCUAUGUCGGGUCGCUGUCAUAGUUUUUCUAGUCGAAUGCCUCGAACCCUUGCCAGUCACUGGCGCCUUCCACCGGAAUGGUUCAGAAAGACUGAUGUUGUUAAUUGACGAGUGCGAUAAGAGGGAUUAUUGGCAGACGUCUCCUAAUACCAUGCUCUGGGCAACUGUGGUCGGCGGUUUCAUCAGCCGCGACACAUCGCUUCGCUUGUGGUACAUCGAGCAGCUUCGUGGAAGUCCAAUAACGACCGGUCAAGAGCAUUGGGAGAAGGUUUUGCACUUGGCAGAGGCAUAUCUUCCAUUCAGGCAUCGACAAGCGCAAGGUUGCCAGCAGUUCUGGAACGAAGGAUGCAAGUGGCUGGCAAUCGCCAAUCCAUACCUGAGAACAAGCUAAGAAUACGAAUUCACCGUGAUGAUAAAGGGGAUGAACUACGUGCAUACACGAACAACACGGGUCCGAUUGUCCGGCAUUCCAAGAGUUCUAACGGCCGAACUUGA